AUGACUCAAACCCCCGAACAACGCAAACGCAACGCCAAGUACGCCAAAAUCGAAACGGCGAAACGCGGAAAGGCACCACAGGAGAUCAAGAGGAAGCAAGAUUUCAAGAGUCCGAUUUCGCCUUUUUGGUUAGGAGUCCUAGCAUUCGUAAUCUUCGGCGGUCUAGGUUUCGAAUUGAUCUCUCAGAUAUUCUUCAAGUAA